AUGCUCUCUGCUCUUCCGACGACCUGUGACCCGCCGAAGGCCGACAUGGCUAUUUCGGGGAGGCCGCCGGACCCCUCUCUUACGCUUCCCACGAUCACGACACCAACUGCACAUAGCGCACCAAGCUCACCUCCGUUGAAUUACAGGUUGGCGCUGACGGGAUCCCCGGCUCCAUCCCCGGCCAAGGCCCAACAGUGGACAUUCAUCGGAGAGCACGAUUUGGAAGUCGGACUCUACAAUGGAGAACCUGAGCUAAAGAUCUCUUCCCAGCUCAAAGAACGUCUCUGCUUACCUUGGAAGCGAACUUUGGUUGCGCGGCUUCUGGGGAAAUCAGUUUCUUACCAAUACAUAUGCUCGCAGCUCCGUUGGAAAUGGAAACCAGCUGGGAGUAUGGAGAUCCUCGACCUAAAUAACUCAACUUUCCUGGUCAACUUCAGCAAUGAGAAGGAUUAUCUUAAUGCCCUCACUGGCGGUCCUUGGGUGAUCCUUGAUCAUUAUUUGAUCGUCCAUCAAUGGUCGCACACUUUCCGAACAUCGGACAAACCUCAUCGAUCGGUGGUAGCAUGGGUUUAG